AUGCCUUCUGUGCAUCUGCUGGACUAUGUGGCGGGGAAUGUCAGAUCCUUGGUGAAUGCAAUCAACAAAGUCGGCUAUGAUGUGGAAUGGAUCAAAUCCCCAGAAGAAGUUCGCAAUGCAGAGACGUUGAUCUUGCCUGGAGUGGGACAUUUUGGACAUUGUCUUUCUCAGCUUUCGUCGGGUGGCUUCUUGGAGCCCAUCAAAGAGCACAUUGACUCCGGUAAACGUUUCAUGGGUAUUUGUGUUGGUCUGCAGGCCUUGUUUGAAGGCUCUGAAGAAGAUCCUCAGACCCCUGGCCUAGGCCUGAUUCCCUCGCGCCUACGCAAAUUCGACGAUACCAGUAAGAGUGUGCCACAUAUUGGAUGGAACUCUGCAAAAACCAGCCACAACGAGGGUUCCCAAGCCUCUAUCAUCUACGGAUUGCGUGAAGAGAGCAAAUACUACUACGUCCAUUCUUAUGCUGCGCCUUAUGAACCAGGUGUUCUAGAAAAGCAAGGCUGGUCAGUAGCUACUGCUCAUUACGGGGAAGAAGAAUUUAUUGGAGCCAUAGCACGCGGUAAUGUGUUUGCGACCCAAUUUCAUCCAGAGAAGAGUGGACAGGCUGGAUUGCGCACUAUUCGCGCGUUCUUGGAUGGACAGCUUGCGGAGAAACAAGAAACCACUUUGCGCUCGAGUGAACGGAGAGAUGGAUUAACUCGAAGAGUUAUAGCUUGUCUUGACGUACGCACCAAUGAUCAUGGUGAUUUAGUUGUCACAAAAGGAGAUCAAUACGACGUCCGGGAAAAGAGUGCCUCCGGAGGCCAAGUCAGGAAUCUGGGAAAACCUGUUGAUAUGGCCAAGAAAUACUACGAGCAAGGAGCAGAUGAGGUCACAUUUCUCAACAUAACGUCCUUUCGCAAUUGUCCUCUUCAAGAUUUGCCGAUGCUGGAGAUUUUACGGCGUACAUCAGAAACGGUGUUUGUGCCUCUGACAAUUGGAGGUGGUAUUCGAGAAAUGACAGAUACGGAUGGCACUCAAAUAUCGGCGCUGGACGUUGCGAAGAUGUACUUCCAGUCUGGUGCCGAUAAAGUAAGCAUAGGUUCUGAUGCCGUGAUUGCUGCGGAAGAGUAUUAUCAGAACGGGAAAAAACUUUCUGGGAAAACCGCCAUAGAGCAAAUCUCCAAGGCAUACGGAAACCAGGCCGUUGUUGUUAGUGUUGAUCCUAAACGCGUCUACGUGAGUGGCCCGGGGGCAACGAGUCAUCAUACAAUCAAGACAGAAUUCCCAGACUCCAAUGGACAAGACACAUGCUGGUAUCAAUGCACUAUCAAGGGAGGCAGAGAGAUGCGCGACAUUGAUGUUCGACAACUGGUGCAAGCGGUCGAAGCUAUGGGUGCUGGCGAGAUCCUCUUGAACUGCAUCGACAAGGAUGGAAGCAACAGUGGCUUUGACCUGGAGCUGAUACAAGACGUCAAAGAUGCUAUCAAGAUUCCCGUCAUCGCUUCUAGCGGAGCCGGAAACCCAGCCCACUUUGAGGAUGUCUUUGCGAAAACUACGACGGAUGCAGCACUAGGAGCUGGAAUGUUCCACCGGGGAGAGUUUACGGUAGAUGAUGUUAAGAAUCAUUUGGUAGAGAAGGGAUUUUUGGUCCGAAGGCCUGAAAAAGAGUGA